AACAUUUGGUUCUCAUUUUCACUUUUCAUUUCCAUAAGAUAAAAUCACUUGGUUAUUGUUGAACAAUAAUUGUUCUCGUUAAUUUAAUCUAUUAGAUUAACUGAUUAGAAUUUUCAUCUCUAAACAAUCAAACUAAUUCUAUCUUCUCUUUCAUAAGGACAUCUUCUCUUCAUGUUGAGAAACAUGGUUCAAUCAUCUGAUGAAAUGGCUAUUACUAUUCUCAAAAGAAUACAGGAAAGUGUAUCUUGUGGUAUUUGUCACAAUAUUAUUACUAAUCCAAUGAGAAAUCUUUGUGGUCAUAGAUUUUGUACCUAUUGUAUUGUCAAUGCAUUGGACCCAACGGAAGAUAUUUGUAAUUGUCCUAAAUGUAAUGCUGCUAUUAACCGUAAUCGUCUCAUUCAAGAUAUUGUCUUUGGUAAAAUUGUCAACAAGGCUGGUCAGUUGAUUGAUUCAAUUAGAGGAAGUGAUCUUUCCGAUAAACCAAGUAAUAAAAUUAUCUCACCACAAGGGAAAAGACGGUUACCCACAGAAAGAUGUGAAGAUAUUGAUCUUGAUAAAUCAAUUGAAGAAACUGAAGCGGAAGCUCGAGAAAUGGCCCGAGAUGUUGGUGGUAAAGGAACCAAACGUACUCUGGAUACAAUAAAUGAACCAGUUGAAGCGGUCAAAAGGUCUUUCGCUAUGCCGAAAACUUCUACUCCAACCGGAUCAGGUAAAGAAAGAGAACUUAGUCCAUUUCCUGUUUCUUUCUUAAAUAAAUUCACUUUACAAGCAGACAAAAGACCUUCCGAUAAACAAGCAUCACCAUCUCCUAAAAGGAUCAGGGAAUCUCUUCAUCGUAAACUAAGUUUUGAAGGAGAAGAAAGGAUGCUGAUGAGUGACUCUUCUGAUUCAGAGGAUCGUCGAAUCCGAUCUGGUGUAACUUAUAGUCGAUUUGACAGAGUCAAACAAUCAAUUCGUAAAAAUAAUUGCUCUCAAACGGACAUCGCACACCGAAAGGAUCAAUAUCAACAAACCGAUGGAACCAACAAUAGUGAUCUCUAUUCAACUCUAUCAAAUUUAUUCAAUUGCUUAUGUACCCAACAUGGAAUUCAAGGUUCAAUAUUGAUUGAAGGUAUUGGUCGAUUUGAGAUCAAUUUAUCGAAACCCACUGAUCAACUAAAUGGUAGUCAAGUUGACCAAUCUCAUGUCGCUCUCAUGAUCGAUAAACGCAUUCAAACUGAACCAGAGCCGAUUGAAGAAAAGCCCGUUACAAAGGAAAAAGGGAUCAAUACCUCGAUUAAGAUAACCAAAGAAAUUGAAAUUCAAGUGGAAAUGAUUUGUGAUAAACAUGAUAAAGCUUCAUCACCAAGAAGAAAUGAACCAAGUGAUACUCAGAUAGUGGAAGAAUCUGAAUUAACCGUUAACAUAAACGGAACCACAAGGGAACAUCAUGAUAAACUGGGCGAUAUUGAAGUCACUCAUGAAGUGACCAGUAUAAGUCAAAUUGUUAAAGAUUUUUCAGAAGAUCCAAUUAACUCCCAAGAUGAUUAUGAAGGAACUCGAUAUGAUCAUAUUAAAGCUUCAACAAGAAUAUCUGCUUUUGGAAAAGUUGAUGAUGAAACCGAUGUUGAUGCAACUGAACUUGUCACCCAAACAAAUGCCUCAUCCACCAAAGGAGAUAUUCUUGAAUCUGAUAUUGAAGAUGAUCCACCUCGAAAUGAUAUCGACGAAGAUUCCAACAUUGUCCUGGAAUCAGAUGAAGAUGAUAAAUUUCUCAUGAGUUGUGUUUUCGAUACACUUGAUGAUGAUGAUGAAAUUGAAAGUGUCCGUUCCUUGGAUACCAAUUCAAUUAAAUCAACCGGAAUCAAUGCCCAUUCAUCCAGAAAUUUGGGUCAAACAAGUGAAAGUGAAAAUGAAACCCUUGCACAAAUUUCCAACAAUUCAAUGGACUUUUAAUCACAAUCAUCAUCAUCUUAACGCAACUAAAUCAAUCAAUUCAUCCAUUCAGUUGCCUUGUAACAUUUUUGCCUUAACUUUUUUUUUCUUAAUCAUUCAUGUAGCUUUUUAAAUCUCUGUUAAUUACAAAGAUGUAUGAUGAUUUGUAUCUAUGGAUCUAAAUUCAUAUAUAUUUUUCCAAAUGUUAUUUGUAAAAUGUUAGAUUUAAUUCUGUUGUACAAUCAAUUUUCUCAUUAACUUUUAAUCAUUACGAUUCCUUUUCCAUCAAUUGCUUGUAACCCGAAUCAUUAUAACAGUUAAACUCUUUUGUGAUAAUUUACUAUUGACUAAUUAAAGAUUACCUUUCUAAUUAACUGGUAACAAUUAACUCAAAAGUUUUUGUUUUCUCCUCUUAAAUAAUAGUAAUGAAUCAAAGUCAAUCACAAUUAAGGUCUUAUAAUGGGGUAAAAAAAAAUGUAGUAAAAUGAUUAAAUACAAAUUCAAUAUAAGUUAUAAAUUCUGUAUAAAUGUAAAAUCAAGUUAAUUGUGAUUAACUGAUCAAUUCCAUAUUAUUCAGUUCACAUGGAGUGACAGUUGAACAUUAAUUAUAAUUAAAUCAUUGGGUGUAAGUGAUUACAAAAAUAGAGGAAGAAAAAAGGUAAAUUGAUAAAAAGAUCAACUGAUUUAAAAUAAUUAACUUGAGACAAAAUAAGUUGCGAUUCAAGUAUAAUUAAUCAGUUAAUCAGUUGAUUUAGUCUUUGUUGUCUUAA